UCUCAUCUCGCGAGAGGAGCCAUUAGGAGAGCGGGCCGCAGCAGCCGAGGAGCGGGACAUUUAAGCGGGCAUCCGGAAUUGCGGGCUCGGACUGUGUUAUGAUAACGCAGUUGGGAGACAAAAAUGCUUUUGAGCAAAGCACAAUACGAUGAGAUUGCCCUCUUCAUCACCACCCUGAGACCUACUCGCCAGUGCAUGAGGCGUUUGAAGGAGCGAUUCCCCUGUCAAUCGCAGUCCACUCUGCUGAGCAUCUUCUCCCAGGAGUACCAGAAACUAAUCAAAAGGACACAUGCCAAGCACCAUACUCCUGAGGCCAUUGAAAUGUAUUAUGCCAGGUAUUUGAAUGAAGUAGCAAGAGACCCAACGGUGCCUAUCUUAUUGGAGCUAGCUAAUGAGGUGGAUUUCUCCCCAGCACUUAUUGCACGGACAGUAUUAGAGAGGUUCCUUCAGGAUCAUGAUGGUCAGCCACCAACAAAGCCCAUCUUGUCCAGCAUGCUGCGUGAUCCAUCUCUGAUCCCUGACCCUGUGCUUGCCAAUCAAGUUCAUCUGUGCAUCAUCAAUGACUGCUGCAACGGGCCUUUGGUGGACGGCAUCAAACACGCUAUUGGGCAUGAACAUGAAGUGUUGCUUCGACAGAAACUGAAGGAGCAUAACUUGGCAUUUUUAGAUGAGGACCAACUGCGUCUUAAAGGAUACGACAAAACUCCAGAUGUAAUCCUUGAAGUGCCAGUUGCCGUAGAUGGGCAUGUCAUUCACUGGAUUGAAAGUAAGGCCUCCUUUGGAGAUGAGGCCAGUCACAACACAUAUCUACAUGACCAGUUUUGGAGCUACUGGAAUAGGUUUGGCCCUGGCCUAGUCAUAUACUGGUAUGGAUUUAUUGAGGAGCUGGACUGCAACCGUGAACGUGGCAUUCUUCUUAAGGACGGCUUUCCCGAAUCCCUGGUAACACUGGGGAGCUGCAUGGCGCAGAAUGCUGAACAUGGGCAGCACACAAAGAGCCGCUUGAGUGAGACUCACCAGGAAACGCAGUCAUAGUUCCAUGUGGCCCCAAACUGCUGAACUCCCAAUGAACUGCAAAGCAAGGUCACAGAACUGCUUUCUCAUACAAACUGUUUACCUUCCUUCCCAGCCGCCUCUUGCCCUGUGCUACAGCACCAACCUACGCAUUCUCUGCAGCACCUCAGCUUCUCCAGAUGCGCCGUGCACAUACACACUGACCUUCCUUCCGCUGCACCCUCCUAUAUCUCGGGACUCCAUCAUGUUAGCCAAGAGGAAACCAGUGCUCUUCGGAUCACCCUGUACUGUAACUAAAGCUCAAACUAGUGCAACAUGCUUGUUUUAGAAAGGAUGCUGCAACGUGAACACGGGACGUGAAGAUAACAGAAAAUUUUAAGACAAUAAUGGCAGUUUGCUGCCAUUGUUAUGGGCUUUUGUGCCAGGAAUGCCAUCAACAGCUGCUUCACUUGCAGCCCUAUCUAUUUGCCUCCCCUAAAGGCGGCUAGUAGAUAGCAGACUAAUGGGGAUAUGUAAUAAAAGAUGCAGCAUUUGCUACUGGUCUAAUCACCUAUAGCAACCAAUCAGCAGGAAGCAUUUACUGGUCCCUUGUUUAAUUGUUUAACCAACAGUUUGUUGGUUGCUGUGGGUUACUGCACCUGGGCAAAGUCAGUGCCUUUUGUUACAUAUCUGGGUUAGGGUCUUGCAUUUGCCCUCCAUAGUUCCACCAUGCUUCUGACUGGCUUUUGAAUAAAUGCAGCUACCUGGGGCCUCCUACAUAGCAGGGGCAAUUGUAGGUAGGAAGACUGGGGGUAUUAAGUGUAGUUGGACAGCUAUGCCAGAGUCUUUAUUACAAAUAAACUGAAUCCAGAUAUAUCUGA